AACAAAAUCAUGGCUUACAUAGUCGAUUUGUUCAUACUCAAUAUUCUCGUUUUCUUUGUUUUCUGUUCUUGUUUCACAUCAAACAUAUAUGUAGCUUCUGUCACCUUAAGCAUUGACACAGAUAAACAAGCCUUACUCUCCAUAAAAUCUCAAACAAUCACACAACCCCCUGAUGCUCUAGCAUCUUGGGACCAAAACUCAUCACCAUGCAACUGGACGCGAGUGUCAUGUGGUGAUCGUGGCCAAAGAGUAGUCGGUCUUGACCUCUCCAAGCUUCAGAUAACUGGUCAAGUUAGCCCCGAUAUAGGCAACCUAUCCUUUCUGACAUCACUAGAACUCCAAGAGAACCAAUUUGUAGCACUUCCUGAAACGAUCACUAAACUUACUCGUCUUAGAGUCCUUAACAUCAGCUCCAAUAACAUCCAAGGCAGCAUCCCAGCAAACAUAAGCCAGUGUAUUCAGCUCAGGGUUGUCGAUUUCAUGCAAAACAAACUUUCUGGUUCGAUACCUGAAGACCUUGGUCUUCUAGUGAAUCUACAAACUCUCAACUUGGCAAAAAAUCACCUUUCAGGUUCAAUUCCACUCUCCAUUGCUAACCUUUCUUCACUGACUACUUUGAACCUUGGUACAAAUAAACUUAAUGGCCCGAUUCCUAGUGAAUUGUCUCUUCUUCGUAACCUAAAGAAUCUUGAUCUCACCAUCAAUAAUCUCAGUGGCACAAUUCCACCAUCCAUAUACAACAUGUCUUCCCUCGAGAAUAUAGCUGUAGCUUCUAACGAUUUGUGGGGUGAUAUACCUUACAAUGUUGGGGAAACACUCCCAAAUCUUCUAGUGUUCAACUUUUGCAUCAAUAGAUUCACAGGCACUAUUCCCGGCUCACUGCACAACCUUACAAACAUAAGAAUCAUCCGAAUGGCACAUAACCAAUUGCAUGGGACCGUACCACCUGGAUUAGGGAACUUACCUCAACUAGAGAUGUAUAAUAUUGGUUAUAACAAUAUUGUUAGCAUUCCGGGUGAGGGUCUUGGUUUCUUAAAUUCUUUGGUAAACAGUACAAAACUAGAUUUUCUAGCAAUUGAUGGUAACCAUUUUGAAGGUGUCAUUCCAGAGUCUGUAGGAAGUCUUUCCAAAAAUCUCAGAAACUUAUACAUGGGUUCUAACAGGAUAUCCGGUAGCAUCCCUCCCUCGAUCGGUCAACUGAAAGGCCUGGAGUUAUUGAAUAUAAGCUUCAACUCCAUUUCUGGAGUAAUCCCACCAGAGAUAGGCCAAUUAGAGAACUUGAACGAGCUUGUUCUCGGCAAGAAUAGGUUAUCUUCGAAUAUCCCGAGUUCAUUGGGUAAUCUCCAAAUGUUAACUCAAAUUGAUUUGUCGAGCAAUGAGUUGGUAGGGAGUAUACCCAUUAGUUUUAGGAAUUUCGGAAGGCUUACUUCGAUGGACUUGUCCAUGAAUAAGCUUAAUGGAAGUAUUGCUAGAGAAGUUCUUGAUCUUCCAAGUUUAACCACUAUCCUCAAUCUGUCCAGUAACUUAUUAGUGGGUUCUCUGCCACGAGAAAUAGAGCUUUUGGAAAGAGUGGUGACAAUUGAUUUUUCUAACAACCGAUUGACAGGAAACAUUCCAAACUCAAUCCAAAACUGUAAGAGCUUGGAAAAUCUAUUCAUCUCCAACAAUUCUCUCUCUGGCAAUAUACCAGAAAGUUUGAAUGAGUUAAAAGGUUUGGAAACUCUUGACCUCUCUUCCAACCAACUUUCAGGUUCAAUCCCUCUUGAGCUUCAAAACUUAAUGGCCCUCCAAUUUCUGAACCUUUCUUUCAAUAACUUGGAAGGAGAAGUGCCUAGUAAUGGGGUUUUCUCAAACGUUACUAAAGUUGAUCUUGAAGGCAAUCCAAAGCUAUGUUAUGAUCCCAAAUGCAGAAGAGAUAGCCCCCACAAGGCAGUUGUCAUUUCAGUCGCAAUAGUCAUUUCUGUAUCGGCAAUAAUACUUCUAUCAAUCGCUUUGUUUUUUUACUUCCGGAGAAAGAAAGUGAUGAUCAUGGAAGCUUCUGAUUCCUUCAAGGGCCAGCAUCACAUGGUAACUUAUGAUCAACUACGUUCAUCAACCAUGAACUUCCUAGAGGAAAACCUGAUUGGACGUGGGAGUUUUGGUUGUGUCUAUAAAGGGUGCCUUAAUCUCGAAGGGGCUGCCCAAGAAAUCGCCGUGAAGGUUCUUGACUUGGAAAUCACAGGAUCAUUGCCUAGCUUUUUGGCUGAAUGUGCUGCAUUGCGCCAUCUCAGACACAGGAAUCUAGUCAAGCUCAUUACUUCUUGCUCGAGUUUGGAUAAUAAAAACAGGGAUUUUCUUGCACUUGUUUACGAAUACAUGAAGAAUGGAAGCUUGGAGAACUGGAUCCAGAACAAAAUGGGGUUUCAAGAAAAAUUAAAUGUGGCAAUUGAUGUAGCCUGCGGGUUAAGUUAUUUGCACCAUGAAUGUGUGGUGGCUCCGGUGGUGCAUUGUGAUCUGAAGCCAAGUAACGUUCUGCUAGAUGAAGACAUGACUGCAAAAAUUGGAGAUUUUGGGCUUGCAAGCAUGUUGGUUGACAAAGAUCAAUCUUUUAGCUCAGCCCAUGUUCUUAAAGGUUCCAUGGGUUACAUUCCUCCAGAGUAUGGUAUGGGAGCAAAACCAUCAACUAAGGGAGAUGUGUACAGUUACGGCAUUAUGCUGAUGGAGAUUUUCACUGGGAAGAGCCCGACAGAUGAGAUGUUUGUAGGUGGUCUAAGCCUCAAGACAUGGGUGCAGUCUGCUUUCCCGGGUAACUUGCAUCAAGUUUUGGAUAUUCAUAUGCUUGACAAAGAUGAAGAGUCAUGCUCAGAUCCUCAACUCUUGAACCCAAAGAUACAGCUUGAUUGUCUCACAGCGGUCAUAGGAGUUGCUCUUUCUUGCACCAAUGAUUCUCCUGAAGGAAGAGUUACAAUACUUGAAGCUCUUCGGAAACUCAAGAAUGUUCUAGAUAAGAUUCACAAGUUCGGAGAGAAGUGAUGAAGAUCCCUGUGAUUGGUUGCAAGAUGGCACUGUGAUACGAAUCAUGUAACAAGUGAUCAUUGGGCUGAAGGUUGCUUGAAGAAGAAGUUUAGGAAUGGGCCGGUUGUGGGUUGCUUAUGUUUAUUUAGUUAAUGUUUUAAUAUGUCGUGUUAUUUAGGAGGGGAGCUAACUGGAAAUUGGAGUUAUGUUCCGGUAUUAUAAAUAAGGCCUUAAGCCAUUAGUUUUGUUAUAGCGUAUCACGCAACCGGGAGCUUUGUUCAUAUACCAUCCAACUAUCUAUGUAUCUAUUGUUCAUUCAACUUAGAUCGGAUUUUGUCGUGAAAUUCUAUUCAAUUA